GAAGGGCGGGGGAGGAGGAGGAGCGAGCCAGGCUGGAGGUGGGGGGGCGGCUGCACAGUCUCCGAGAUCCCCAGGCCUGGAGGGGGGUCUGCGCGAGGCCGGCUGGCUCUGCCCCCCGUCCGGUCCCGAGCGGGGCCUCCCUCGGGCCAGCCUGAUGUGACCGGGUCCAGCAGAGCCUGAGCAAGGAGCGGGUCCGUCGCGGAGCCGGAGGGCGGGAGGAACAUGACAUCGCGGAGAUGGUUUCACCCAAAUAUCACUGGCGUGGAGGCAGAAAACCUACUGUUGACAAGAGGAGUUGAUGGCAGUUUUUUGGCAAGGCCCAGUAAAAGUAACCCUGGAGACUUCACACUUUCCGUUAGAAGAAAUGGAGCUGUCACCCACAUCAAGAUUCAGAACACUGGUGAUUACUAUGACCUGUAUGGAGGGGAGAAGUUUGCCACUUUGGCUGAGCUGGUCCAGUAUUACAUGGAACAUCAUGGGCAAUUAAAAGAGAAGAAUGGAGACGUUAUUGAGCUCAAAUAUCCUCUGAACUGUGCAGACCCUACCUCUGAAAGGUGGUUUCAUGGACACCUCUCUGGGAAAGAAGCCGAGAAAUUGUUAACGGAGAAAGGAAAACAUGGUAGCUUUCUUGUGCGCGAGAGCCAGAGCCACCCUGGAGAUUUUGUUCUCUCUGUCCGCACUGGAGAUGACAAAGGGGAGAGCAAUGACAGCAAGUCUAAAGUGACCCACGUCAUGAUCCGCUGUCAGGAACUGAAAUAUGAUGUUGGUGGAGGAGAGCGGUUUGAUUCUUUGACAGAUCUCGUGGAGCAUUACAAGAAGAAUCCUAUGGUGGAAACAUUGGGCACUGUACUACAACUCAAGCAGCCCCUCAACACAACUCGUAUCAAUGCUGCUGAAAUAGAAAGCCGAGUUCGAGAACUAAGCAAAUUAGCUGAGACCACAGAUAAAGUCAAACAAGGCUUUUGGGAGGAAUUUGAGACACUACAACAGCAGGAGUGCAAACUUCUCUACAGCCGCAAAGAGGGUCAGAGGCAAGAAAAUAAAAACAAAAAUAGAUAUAAAAACAUCCUGCCUUUUGAUCACACCAGAGUUGUUCUACACGAUGGUGAUCCCAACGAGCCUGUUUCAGAUUAUAUCAAUGCAAAUAUUAUAAUGCCUGAAUUUGAAACCAAGUGCAACAAUUCAAAACCUAAAAAGAGUUACAUUGCCACCCAAGGCUGCCUGCAAAACACGGUGAACGACUUCUGGCGGAUGGUGUUCCAGGAGAACUCCCGAGUGAUUGUCAUGACAACGAAAGAAGUAGAGAGAGGAAAGAGUAAAUGUGUCAAAUACUGGCCUGAUGAGUAUGCCCUCAAAGAAUAUGGGGUCAUGCGUGUUAGGAACGUCAAAGAAAGUGCCGCUCACGACUAUACGUUAAGAGAACUUAAACUUUCGAAGGUUGGGCAAGGGAAUACAGAGAGAACCGUCUGGCAAUACCACUUUCGGACCUGGCCGGACCAUGGCGUGCCCAGUGACCCCGGGGGUGUGCUGGACUUCUUGGAGGAGGUCCACCACAAGCAGGAGAGCAUCGUGGAUGCGGGGCCCGUGGUGGUUCACUGCAGUGCUGGCAUUGGCCGAACAGGGACAUUCAUUGUGAUUGAUAUCCUCAUUGACAUCAUCAGAGAGAAAGGCGUCGACUGCGACAUUGACGUUCCCAAAACCAUCCAGAUGGUGCGGUCUCAGAGGUCAGGGAUGGUCCAGACAGAAGCACAAUACCGGUUCAUCUAUAUGGCCGUCCAGCACUAUAUCGAAACACUACAGCGUAGGAUUGAAGAAGAGCAGAAAAGCAAGAGGAAAGGGCAUGAAUAUACAAAUAUUAAGUAUUCUCUAGCGGACCAGGCCAGUGGAGAUCAGAGUCCCCUCCCGCCUUGUACCCCAACACCAUCCUGUACAGAAAUGAGAGAAGAUAAUGCUAGAGUCUAUGAAAACGUGGGUCUGAUGCAGCAGCAAAAAAGUUUCAGAUGAGAAGACCUGCUAAAUCUUCAGCACAGAAAUAGAUAUGGACUUUCACCCUCUCCCUAAAAAGAUCAAGAAAAGAUGCAAGAAAGUUUAUGUGAAGAAUAAAUUUGAAUUUGGAAGGUUUGCAUUAUUAUGUGGUUGACUACCUUUUGAUAAGCAAAAUUUGAAACCAUUUAAAGACCACUGUAUUCUAACUCAACAGUACCUGAUUUCCAAUUACUCGUUUUCUCAGAUAAGAAGAAAUCAUCUCUACAAUGUAGACAGUGUUCUAUUUUAUAGAAUUUUGUUUUAAAUUGAGGAAGUAGUUGAAUUGCUCUCUAUAUUUUGCAGAUGAUGAUUCAAAUUCUAGUUAUCAGCGUUGUUUUUUUCCUUUUAUAACCUUAACAAAUUUCAUUUUUCUCUCUUUAUCGGGGAUGAUAGGGCACUUAUAAGAGGAGAAAUGAUGUGGGAAAAUUGAGUAACAACAUCCUAGAGAAGUGGGAACAAUUUCAUUUACCAUCAGUUAUCCUGUGGUGGAUAAUUCAUUUUGAUGGCCUCUUUCUUUAGGCUAAAUGAUAAUGAAGCCAGUGCCCCAGACUGUCAGAAAUUGACUGUCUACUUUUGCAUUGGUAUUAAAAAAUCACGGAAACGUACACAUUAGGAUAAGAGGUGUUUUUCUUCUUAGCAGAUGACCAACUACCAUUCAGCCUGUUGACUGAGAAGGUUGUGGUAGGAAAACAUUGGCCACAUUUCCUUUGCAUUGAGUAAUUGUCUUGUGUAUAGAAAAAUGGCAUCUUCGGAUGACCGGUGUUUUGUUUAUCAGUUGUUGCUGACAAACCACCCCAAAACUUGUGGCUUCAAACAACUACUUUUUUUUUGUUCAUUAUUCUUCAAUCUGGGCUGGGCUCAGCUGAGCUGUUCUGCUAGUCUGGCUGGUGGGCACUCAUGUAGUUGGCAGGUUGGCUGAGACACUGGGACAGGUGGGCUUCAUUCACUCUCUGCAUGUAGUCCUCAGGGUCUCUCCAUCUCCAUGUGGCCUCUCCAGCAGCAGGGCCUCUUACAUGGCAGCUCAGAGCUCCCAAGGGUGGAAAAGCAGAAGUGGCCAGACUUUCUUAAGAGACAGGCCCGGAACUGCCACUGCAUCACUUCUGUGGUCAGGCCCAGACCAGGUUCAGGAAGAGCGCACUUCCCAAGGGAGGUGUGGCCCACUGGGUGCCCCAGUGUAACAGACUGCUAUAAUCGGUGCCAUGGAGAAACCAGAGGUAGCAAAAGUAGAAGCUGCUAGUGACAUUGCGAAGCUGAAGCUGCUUACGGUAACUGAUGGUCAGCUGCAAGUCAGACUGAGAGAGAGGGCCUUGAAGAAACUUCCUGAAGCAGUUGUGCUAGCUCUGACCCUAUUUACUGAACCAUCACCUGGGAAAACCAGUCUCAUAAGGAUGGGUGUGUUUAGGGGGACAGAGCAUUUGAAAGCAGAACCACCCAUCACCACGGUCCCCGCAGAGUGGUGUGAGUGUGCUGCUGUCUAGUGUCCCCGGUAUCUAGUCGGGCUGGCCUCUAACCCAAUUUAAUCAGCCGUAGCUCAUUUUUGUUUUUAACAAAGCAGUAAUAUUUCCUAACGUCUGACCUUAAGUGCCUUUUCCAAAGACAUCCCUUUUUGCCCUGUGUGUUGAAUCAUGAUUCAGUGAGCGUAUUUCAAUUAAGGUAUCAUUGGUUGUCUUUGUAAAGAUAAUAAAUUGCUACAGCAACUUUGCUAUUCAGUUAUUAUGGUCUCCUCCUCAGAUUUGUCUCAUUUGGCUCCUGAAAGGAGGACUAGGCCCAGCCUUGGUAGUUCUUCUCUGAGGUCUUUAGCUUCCUUGGGGAGAGCCCUGGUUGCCUUUCUCACUGCCAGAAUGUACACUGAUCUCCUCCUUCCUCUCUGCCCCACCCCACUCCCCGAGAAGCUUAGAAUGGCUUUAGAGCACAGGUGUGGCCUGAAGGUCAUUAGGGGAAUGGAAGUGAUUACUGGCUUCUUGUCAGGCCUGUAAAGAGAGAUUCCAGUUCAGUAUUUGCCGCAAGGAUCUGAUGAAAUCCUUGUUCUUUUUAUUGCAUUGUCACAUUGAAUAGUUCUCCACUUUUGCCUCCCUGUUGUGGUAAUGUUUUUGCUCUGGACUUUGGGGGCAGAGUCUUUCACCAGCAUACGAGGGUUUGCUUCAAAUACAUUAUUGCAUUAACGUCUCUGUAGCUUAAGAGCAGUUGUUUUUGCACUUGGAACUGAAAUGCCUGAUCUUUGCCAGCUGUGUUUGUUACAGGACAUUGAUUUAAUUUAGAUUCCCUUCCACUAAGUAAGCAAGGAGCCCUGGUGGCACAGUGGUUAAGAGCUCAAGCUGCUAACCAAAAAGUCGGCAGUUUGAAUCCACCAGCCGCUCCUUGGAAAGGCAGUUCUACCCUGUCCUAUAGAGUCGCUAUGAGUCGGAAUUGACUCCACCAGUGGGUUUUAAUGGGUUAAGUAAGCAAACAGUCAUGUUAUGUAAACUUAUGCCAAGACAAGAUUUCUAAUGGUCCCUAGUGUGCUAAGGUGUGCCGAGUGGGUUUGGGAAAAGGUGAUUGCAGGUUCUCCGAGGAGAUUACAUGGGAUGGGAUCAGGCAGAGCGGCUGUGAAAAUGGGAGGAGCUCAAGGUAAGGGUUUAAAGAUAAAGAUAGUGGAAAUGAAAGUUCCAAGGAGGUGGUUGAUGAGGACGUAGAAGGGCCCAGGGCCAGAGCAGUCAGGGAUAGGUGAAUCAGGCUACCUGGAAAAGAGUGGUGACAGAUACGUAUUUGCAGUCAGCAGCCAGGGAGUAACUCUGGGUUGUUGGUAGACUUUAAAUUUGUGCAGUAACCCAUAGCUGGCUGAGUAUUUGGUGAAGAAUAUGAUCUGAUGCAGGGUAUUGAGGUAAAAAAUAAAUAAGCCAAAUUUCAGUGUCUUAAUAGCCUUUUUAAAUAAUAAAAAAGACACCUCAUAAUCAGUGUGUGGCUCUCCUGAAGGUCAUGGCCAUCUCUCCCAUUGAAGUCAGUAACUUGUCAGAUGUGGCUAAUGGGGAGUGAGAAAACACAUGUGAAUAUCCUGCGUCUUGGCAUUCUUUGCAGAGUCUCCUUGCUUUGGUAUAGCCAAGAAAACCGUCACGGUUAUAUUUAGGGGGUAUUUUACGGGGGAUUUUAGAACUAAUUUAACAUCCUAGGAUAUUUCUGGUUCAGGGGAAUGUGGAAAGGGAUGCGAUUGUGAAGUGUUUUAUUGCAGAUUAUGAAUCCCUAAGGGAAAUGGUAGAUGUAGACCUAAAUCCCAACCCGCUGCUGUUUUUGUUUUCUGUAUGUUGUCAGGAGAAUGAAGUUUUAAAGCAAGCACAUGGCCUCCCUGAUUUCCAGAUAAAAUCUUUAUUAGGAUCUGUGUUAGCCUUUAAUUUUGUUGAAAUCUUUUUCCCUCUUCCUUUUGAAAAAUAAGUUCCAAAAUAAUAGUUUGUCGUAUCUUCCAUCACUAAAAAGUUUUUCUCACGAUGGGCAGUUCACAGAAGGCAAAAAUAUUAAACAGUUGGUUUUCGUGUGUUGUAUAACUUUGCUGUAUAUCAAAACUAAUUUUAACAGGUUUUCAUCCUAAACCUCAAAACAUGUAAUUAAUAAUUUUGCCUGUUAUUUAUGACCUAAUUGUGAUACUUUUAUUAAUAAAAGCUAAUGAAAAAGGAUCCUUUAUUAAGCUGAUGACUAGACCUACAUUUGAUUUUCCUGCAGUAUAUGAAGAAGUAUUGUACCAGAGUAUUAAAAGAUAUGUAAUAUUUUAUUGAUAAAUCUAUCCUUUAAAAGGAAUACGUUUUAGGAUGUCAUCAUUUUGAUGUGAAUCAUGUAAAUGUUGAUAAUAUGCACUGUUUAUUAUACAUUUAGUGUUUCAAGAGAUUCACUUAUUUGCCUUUUUGCCCACGUAUAUUAUGUAGUCUAUUUGCAAUUGUUUAAAAAAAAAUGACAUUAAUAGUUUAUGUAGAGAAACAUUAGUGGAUGUUAAUUGUCUCCCCACCUGUAUUUAUGGGUGUUAGCUCAACUGCUUUGCUAGUUGCAAAGCCGUAUUAUCAGAGUAAAAGUGUAUUUGUAAACUGUAUAGGAACUAAAAAUUAGGAAUAAAACCAUUUUCUUAUA